CCAGUGCUGUGGAACCAAACCCAAAAGAAAGGAGUGAGAAUGUGAUGACAGGCUUUCGUAGUCAAAAUAGAUACCAGUUAGAAGCAACUGCCAAGUCCAAAUGCUAGAGGCCUCCAUCCUCACACCCCAGUCAGCUGCAAAGGUGCCUCCCACUAUGGCCUGACCAAGGACCGGAAAAGGCGCUCACAAGAUGGCUGCACUGAUGGCUGUGCCAGCCUCACAGCAAUGCCACUCUCCCCAGAAGUUUCUGCAGCUGCCACCAUCUCUUUAAUGACCGAUGAGCCUGGCUUAGACAACCCUGCCUAUGUGUCCACAGUGGAGGAUGGUGAGCCAGUAACCAACUCCUCAGACUCCGGCCGGAGCAACCGAACUAGGGCGAGGCCCUUUGAGAGGUCCACUAUGAGAAGCCGAUCUUUCAAAAAGAUUAACAGAGCUCUGAGUGUUCUUCGAAGGACAAAGAGUGGGAGUGCUGUUGCCAACCGUGCUGACCAGGGCAGGGAGAACUCUGAGAAUGCCACUGUCCCUGAAGUCUUCCCAAGGUUGUACCACCUGAUUCCAGAUGGUGAAAUUACAAGCAUCAAAAUCAAUAGAGUGGAUCCCAAUGAAAGCCUCUCCAUUAGGCUUGUUGGAGGCAGUGAAACCCCACUGGUCCACAUCAUCAUCCAGCAUAUUUAUCGUGAUGGAGUGAUUGCCAGAGAUGGACGGCUGCUGCCAGGCGACAUCAUUCUCAAGGUCAAUGGAAUGGACAUCAGCAACGUCCCUCAUAACUACGCCCUGCGGCUCCUUCGACAGCCCUGCCAAGUGCUGAAGCUCACAGUGCUGCGUGAGCAGAAGUUCCGUAGCAGAAGCAAUGGACAGGCACUGGAGUCCUAUGGACCUCGGGAUGACAGCUUCCAUGUCAUUCUCAACAAAAGCAGCCCUGAGGAGCAGCUUGGCAUAAAGCUGGUGCGCAGGGUGGACGAACCUGGGGUGUUCAUCUUCAAUGUGCUGAAUGGGGGUGUCGCUGACCGACAUGGCCAGCUAGAGGAGAAUGAUCGUGUGCUGGCCAUCAAUGGACAUGACCUUCGAUUUGGCAGUCCAGAAAGUGCAGCUCAUCUGAUUCAGGCCAGUGAAAGACGUGUUCAUCUCAUCGUGUCCCGCCAGGUUCGACAGCCCAGCCCAGACAUCUUUCUAGAAGCUGGCCAGAUCAGCAAUGGCCGGUGGUCCCCAGGCCCAGGGGAGAGGAACAUGGCUUCUAAGCCCCUCCAUCCUGCAGCCACUUGUCAUGAGAAGGUUGUAAGUGUCCGAAAAGACCCCAGCGAAUCUCUCGGCAUGACCGUUGGAGGGGGAGCGUCACACAGGGAAUGGGACUUGCCUAUCUAUGUCAUCAGUGUUGAGCCUGGAGGAGUCAUAAGCAGAGAUGGAAGAAUAAAAACAGGUGACAUUUUAUUGAAUGUGAACGGGAUUGAGCUCACAGAGGUCAGCCGAACAGAGGCCGUUGCCAUAUUGAAGAGCACAUCCUCCUCAGUGGUACUCAAAGCCUUGGAAGUCAAGGAACAGGAGCUCCAGGAAGACUGCAGCCCAGCAGCCCUGGACUCCAACCACAAUGUGACCCCGCCUGGUGACUGGUCCCCAUCCUGGGUCAUGUGGCUGGAAUUACCACAGUACUUAUACAACUGUAAAGAUGUGACACUACGGAGGAAUACUGCAGGAAGUCUGGGCUUCUGCAUUGUAGGAGGUUAUGAAGAAUACACUGGGAACAAACCUUUUUUUAUCAAAUCCAUUGUCGAAGGAACACCAGCAUACAAUGAUGGAAGAAUUAGAUGUGGUGACAUUCUUCUCGCUGUCAACGGGAGGAGUACGUCGGGCAUGAUACAUGCCUGCUUGGCAAAGAUGCUCAAAGAACUUAAAGGGAGAAUUACUCUCACUAUUGCUUCCUGGCCUGGUACAUUUUUAUAAAACCAAUGAUGGAUCUUAGAAAACAGAAAAAAGAU